AUGUCAAGUAUAAAGAAUGUUUUCACCUUCUCUCAUUUACAUUUAUUGUAUGAUCUUUUUGUUUUAUCUAUGAAGAUAACUUUUGCCAUGACCGUAGCUGCUUUUAAAAUGGUUAUACCUCCUCGAGCAAAAAAUUUGAUAGGAGAAACUGUGUUGAUAACUGGCGCUGGACAUGGAAUUGGUCGUGAAUUGGCUAUUCAAUUAGCUUCUUUAGGUUGUAUAAUUGUUUGUUGGGACAUAGAUACAGAAGCAAAUCGAUCGACUAUAAGCAUGGUGUCAAAAAAUGGCGGAGAAGCUUAUGGUUUUGUGGUCGAUGUAUCGAAAAGAUUAGAAGUCAGAGAGGCUGCAAGAUUAAUGAGAAAAGUAGGUGUGCCAGAAGUAUCGAUCCUGAUUAAUAAUGCUGCUGUAUUAUAUCAUCGUCCUUUUCUGAAUCAAGAAUCAGAUCUUAUUGAGAAGACGUUUAAUGUUAAUGUUCUAUCAAACUUUUGGACAAUAGAAACCUUUUUACCAAGUAUGAUACAAAACGGAAAAGGACAUAUAGUUUGCGUAUGCAGCAUGUGUGGUAUAUACGGGGUGUCCCAAAAAGUAGCGUACUGUUCCUCGAAAUUUGCAAUGAGAGGAUUGAUGGAUGCUCUUCACGAGGAAUUACGAUUGGACCCCAAGUUUAAUAAUAUAAGAUUUACAACUAUUUAUCCAUUUUACGUAGAUACCGGAUUAGCCAAGGAUCCAAAAUAUAGGUUCCCUUAUAUAUUUGGUGUAAUAUCACCAGAAUAUGCAGCAAAAGAGAUAAUCAAAGCAUUCAGAAGAAAUUAUACCGAAUAUUCCAUUCCCAGAUGUCUUUUUACUUUAAAUUCUAUCAAUAGAAUAGUCCCUGAAACCGUGAUGAGGUUGAUCCUUGACUUCCUCGCUGACGUGGAUCGGAAACGUCAAGAAAAACUUGCAAUUUGUGAAACUAACACAUCUUAAAGAAUAAUGAUCAAUUGUAUAAACUGAUAUUAU